CCAGUAAACGAAAGGAAGAAGAAGAAGAAGAAGAAGAGCUCCUACUGCGUCGGUAGGCGAGCAGCAGCGUUAGCAUGCAGCUAGCAUCCCGCUAUGGGGGGCGAACCGGACCUUUGGACGCGGCGGCGUGUCGUUGCGUAACGUCAUGCGCGUGAAGGUGCUCGCAGGGGUCGAUACGAGCCGCGAGGCGACGCGGUGAGUCCGAGAUGGACGACGCGGGGCCGCGGACGGACUUCAGCUUCUGCUGCGGAGCCGCCACCGAGGUCCUGAAGUUCGGUCCCACUCGGUUACACUCCGGACACCAGCUGCUGUUCCUCAUCGUACCAGGGAACCCUGGUGUAGUGGGCUUCUACAGAACCUUCAUGCAGACCCUUUACAGUAUGUUUGGCUGCUGCCACCCAGUGUGGGCUGUAAGCCACGCAGGCCACUGCGAGCCACCACACUCCAUGGACAUGGUUGAAGAUAACUUCUCAGCGGCAAAGCGUGACGUGUUUGGUCUGAACGGGCAGAUUGAACACAAGCUGGCCUUCAUCAGGAGACACGUUCCCAGAGAAACCAGCCUGGUGCUGGUGGGACACUCCAUCGGCUGCUACAUUAUUCUGGACAUCAUGAAGAGAAAUCCUAAACUCAAGAUCAUAAAAGCCGUCCUGCUGUUUCCCACCAUCGAGCGCAUGGCUGAGACUCCUCAGGGGAAGGUCAUGACCCCUGUGCUGUGUCACAUGCGCUACCUGGCCUACCUGCCCGUCUUCCUGCUCUCCCUGCUGCCCGCGGCGCUCCAGGAAGGCCUGAUUAGACUGGCGUUCAGCAGCAUCCGCUCCCUGGAUGGCGCUGUAGUCCAGCCUACUGUUGCUCUACUCAGCGGAGACUGUGCAGUUAACGCCAUGUACAUGGGGGGUCAGGAAAUGAGGACGGUCAUGGAACGAGACAACAUCACUAUAGAGAAAAACAUUGACAAGCUAUUGUUUUAUUAUGGAGCUUCAGACCACUGGUGCCCCGUCCAGUAUUAUCAUGACAUCAAGCAGGACUUUCCUCGUGGGAACUUCCGACUGUGUGAGAACAGGUUCCGCCACGCCUUCGUCCUGGAUGCAGGGGGAGACGUGGCAAGAAUGCUAUUUAAAUGGCUCCGUGGGGACGUGAGGACGUGGACUCUGGCUGACGUGGACUCUGGCUGACGUGGACUCUGGCUGACGUGGACUCGUUGAUCCAGCGAGCUCAGUGCUGAGGGAAUGUCAACAUUGAUUCAUUUACUUUAUUUCAUCAUCAUUUAUUGCUUAAUGAACACUCACUUUUAUGACAUAAAUACACGAUGGUUUCAAAUGAACCAUUGAUAUCAAAUUAGAAAGACAAGCAUUAAAUGAAUCUGUCUCAGUAACAAGACACAACUAAACCUUAAUAAAUCGGGUUUAAAUGCGUGUUGUGCCCCCUACUGGUAGAGAUGUGAACAUGUUUACUACGUUUAACGUGGAACAGUUAAAUGAUUGACAGCUGGGGUCAAACCUUCCUGGGGCUCACUCAGGUUUGAUAAUGAGCUAAAUAUAAAAAUUCAGUUUAACUUCAAUAUGUAUAAAAUAUCUCAUUUCAGGAGGAUUUUUGAAUGAUCAUUUUGAAAAUGUCCUAAUUCUUUGUCCCAUUAAUGUUGACUGCUGGCUUUGCUUCUUCCCAGAGAAUAUAAUAUAUCAGUGAGUCACCAAUGGUAUAUAAACCUAAUGUUUCCCGUUAUCUGUCCCGUGCAUUAUCCGGCUGUGUGGUCACUGAGGCCCCGACCGGACCCUCCAGACCCCCGUCAACACAUUUCUUACCUUACAGCCGUCGCACAUGGAGUCAGUCAGUUUCCUGUGACCUCCACUAUCGAGCAACACCUGGAAUGACUGAACAGAAACUAGUGGGAAAGCUUUGGGUUCCAUGUCUGACAUCAUUAGUACGUGUGUUCUCAUUGUUAAUCUACAGCUGGUAUUGGCAGUAAUAUGACCUUGCUGUUUGAGUACAUUCAGUAUAGAAAUCAUUUCCGUCUUCUGCAUUGAACGCAUUGUAAAUCAUUCCGUAAUUUGGGAUUAUUGGCUACAAAAAAUAAAUGAAUCUUUAACGUUC